AUGAACAAACUCUGCGUUUUAGCUGACAUUAAGAAAGCAUUUCUACAAAUCCGAAAUCAAGAUAUGGAUAGAGACGCACAACGAUUAAUUUGGUAUGAAGACUUAAAGAAAAUGAAAUUAAUGGAGUUACGAUUUACAAGAGUAAUUUUUGGUUCCAGUUCAAGUCCUUACAUUCUCGGCGCUACGAUUAAAAAACAUAUAUCAAAAUACAAGGAUAUUUAUCCAAAGACAGUAGUUGCUUUGGAAGAAGAUACUUAUGUCGAUGAUCUGCAAGCGGGUGGAGAAACGGAAGAAGAACUUAUCAGGUUUAAAUAUGAAUCAACACAAAUCUUGAACGAAGCUGGUUUUCAGUUGCACAAAUGGCAUAGCAACGUGAGAGAAUUGGAAAAUAAUGUUGAAGACAAAUCAACAAAAAUACUUGGACAUCCUUGGAACAAGGAAACCGAUCAAUUGUUAAUUGAAUUCACUACUUGCAUCAAUAACGGAAAUAAAGAAAAUUUAACAAAAAGAAAAAUUCUAUCUGCAAUCAACAGUGUUUUUGACGUAUUAGGAUUUAGUGCAUCUGUGUUAAUCACUGGAAAAAUACUGUAUAGUCGACUAUGCUUAUCAAAAAUUGGAUGGGAUCAUCAACUACCGAAGGAACUUUUAGAAGAAUGGCAAACUUGGAUUAAGACAAUAAGCAACAAAAGAACUAUAUUGAUUCCUUGGUGUGUUGUGUCCGGAAGAAUUAUUGAACUAGAGCUCCACGGAAUCUCAGAUGCAAGUAAAUUAGCGGUAUGUGCAUGCAUCUAUGUUGUAACGAGCCACCAAAAUUCGAAAACGAGCAACUUACUUGUAGCAAAAGCACGGAUUGCACCAAAGGAUCUAAGUAUUCCAAGACUCGAGCUAGUAGCUGCACAUACCUUAAACAAGUUGAUGAACCAUGUCAGGAAAACAUUAGUCAAUUAUAACAUUAGUAAAGUUUUUAAUUGGGUUGACAGCACUGCUGUACUUUAUUGGCUGAAAAAAAGAGGCAGUUGGUCACAAUUUGUAAGAAACCGAGUUCAGCAAAUCUUAUUAAAUGAAGAAGUAAAAUGGCUUUAUGUCCCAACAAAAGAAAACCCUAGCGAUCUUGGAACAAGAGGAGUGAGUCCGGAAAAGUUGUCAAGCUUGUGGUUCAAUGGUCCAAUAUGGCUGAGUUAUAAAGAAAAUUGGCCAAACCAAUCGGAAAUAUUUGAUAAGUAUUGCUCUAAAGGAGAACGUCUAGAUGGUAACAGAAGAAAUAAAGGAAAAUCGCACUUUUGA